AUGAACAACGGAAAUUUAACGAAUCAUCAUCACCACAGUUAUGUGAUUGGAGUGGACCACGUUCGUUUCCAUGUAGACAAUGCCCUUCAAUCCUCGGCCUAUUAUUGCUCUCAUCUCGGAUUCACUCCGAUGGCCUAUGAAGGUCUUGAAACUGGAAACAAAGACUUUUGUACUCAUGUCGUACGACAGAAUGAAAUUAUUCUAGCCUUUACAUCGGCUCUUCAUAAGGCUCCCUGUAGAUUGGAAUUGAACACCCAAUUACAUCCCUAUUUAUAUACAAAUUUGAGUAAUUGCCAUCAUCAUCCUAUCAGCAACAACUCGAAUCAUCAUCACCAUCCAAUCACUCCUCCACAAACAGCAAUUGAUUUACAAAACGAUCCAAUUUACAAAUUCUAUGAAUCCAUCCAAUCUCAUGGAAGUAAUCAUGCUCAUGAUUUAGCCUUAUUAGUGAGCAAUGUUCAGAAAGCCUAUGAACAAGCUUGCCAACAUCCAAAAACCAUUCCGCUCUCUCCUCCUACACGAAUUUAUUGCAGUCCUUCCAUGGAUGAUACAACAGAUUAUAUAGAACUGGCUUGUGUUGCGACUCAGUUCGGAGAGAAGGCUUGGAUUCAUACUCUCAUCAAUAGAGAUCAUCAAAAAGCAUCACCAUUCUCUCAGAAACAUGAAUGUAAUAAUGGAAAUGGUCAUUCGAAUCGUCAAGUUGUCUUUUUACCUUCCUUUAAGAACGUUUCUCAAACACAUCCCAAACGAAACACUGCAAGUAUUGGCAACUAUUUGGAAUAUUUGGAUCAUUUUGCAAUUGCCAUUCCUAAGGGAACGUUAGUGGAAUUGAUUGGAUGGUAUUCACAAGCUUUAGGAUUUGAAAGAUUUUACAAUAAUGAUGACGAGGAUCAGCAGAAAGGAAUUCAAAUUGAGAGUUCAGAGAAAGAUUUGGGAGGCUUAACCACCAUGGUUGUGGCACCCUCAUUACUUUCUUCCCUUAAUAGACAUAUAGAACUUCAUGGACUUGGAGAAGAUGGAGACAGAAAUUCCAUUAUUAGUGAGAAAGAGUUACAUGAACGAAGAGAACUCAUUGCAUCAAAGGUGAUGAAGAAAAUGAUUAAAUUUGUGUUAAUCGAACCAGUGAAUACCAAACAUUCAAAGAGUCAAAUUCAAGAGUUUUUGGAUUAUCAUGAUGGACCUGGUGUGGCACAUUUGGCAGUUCACACAGAAGACAUUAUCAAUGCAGUGUCAAAAUCAAGAAAGGUUGGAAUUGAGUACAUCUCUGUUCCUUCCACUUAUUACAAGACUUGGAGAGAAAAGAAGACAGAGUUGUAUAACAUGGUUGCUGAAGAUUGGGCUCUUCUGGAAGAGAAUAGAAUUCUUGUGGAUGGAAUUGUCUUCCCGAAAGAUCAAGAUUUGGAAGACACUGCAGAAAACACUUCUUCGAACAACAAUAAUUUCAGAUAUCUCUUACAAACUUUUACAAAACCCAUCGAAGACAGACCAACCUUCUAUUUCGAAAUAAUUUCACGAAGAGGAAACAGUGGAUUCGGCAAGGGAAACAUCAAAGCACUCUUCGAUGCCAUUGAACGAUUACAACUCGAACGAGGGAAUUUGUUUAUCGAGAAUGAAAGUAAAUAA